AUGAACAGCGAAACUAAUUAUGAUAAAUCAAACCUAUCUUCGAUUCUUUUUGGAGGUAUUCAUUUAGAUAAUUUGGAUUCUUAAUUUUUGGGUAGAAAUAAUAUGGCCAUGCGUAAUGGAAAAAAUUUAACAAAUUAAUUCUAUUAAUAGAAUUUAAGAGGAGGAGGUUGUUGCAUAAACAAUUCAAGGACCUACUCUUAUAAAAUAGUUGUACUUGAAUCAAUCCCUGCACAUUUUGGCCCACUGAUGGAGAAAUAUUCUAAAAUUCUUGAUUCAAAAGCACUUUCAGUGUAUAAUAAGCAGGACAAACUAAGAGUGAUUUCCUCCAUCUAAUGGUUUAUUAACAAUCAAAAACACUUUAAUACACUAUGUUUAGAUUAGUAAUAAGCAACUAAAUUUAUAAGAGCUAUUAAAACAUCCUUAGAACUAUUGUUAAAUUCUAUUUUAAAUUAUAUAACGAUAUCUGGAUAUAUAUGUAUAGAAGUUUUAUCACAAUGUAAUGUGCUAGUAAGAGUAUUAUUUUGCUAUUACAGCAAGCAUGAGGAUGAAAAACUUAAUUCAAGUUACAAAGAAAAAUUAGAAAAUUACUUAAAAGAGUUCGAAAGUCUUGUUAAUACUAAUGUCACACAAUGUUGGGAAUUUGGUAUAGAAUUUGAGAUUUCAAUAAUGAAGACUGCUUUAUCUCACAUACCCACAAAGUCUGAGAAAUCUAAUAAUUUUACUUUGGGUAUUCUUUAAUCAAUUGCCAAAUGUGAAAUAAGUGAUAAACUUGUUUAAUAAAUUUUUAAUAAUGUCAAAGAAAUUUUACAAAAAUUUGUAGGUAAAAUAAAAAAUCCAAUUGAGAAUUAUGAAGUCUAUAAUAUUUUUGAAGGUUUGAAAUGGAAUAUUGUUUCAUAAAUAACUUAAAGACAUUAACAACAGAAUAUUAAAGGUUAAUUAAAUGAUUUGUACAUUUAAUUUAUUAAAAAUUCAUAAGAUUGGAUGCUACAUUGUUGCUGGAUUAAAUUGAUCUCUGAGUUACUAACAUACAGACCAAUUGUAGAUAUGAAUAUUUUAUUAUCAAGUAUAGCAAAUUAAUCUAAGAGAAAGGAUAAAUGGAAAGAUCUAAUAAAACAUUAAUGUAUUGAAUAAUUACCAUAUAAAUCCGAAUAAGAAGAAGUAUAAGGGAAAUGUAUAAGCUUCCCUAAUAGAACAAAUUCAGAAACAUUGAAAUUUCUAAAAGAAUUUUCAAAAAUCGGCUUAAAUGAACUUGCUGAAUUUUAGCAAUAACUUAUGAAUCAAGACAAAUUACCAGAUCAAUAAUUUUGGCAGUUCUAUGCAUUAUAUAAACAGAAAAAUGAUAAAGAUAAUGAAACAAACAAAUAAAACUCAUAAAUUCAAAAUUUGUUCAACUUUAUUCCAAUAUUUUAACAAUCCCUUGAUUAUCUAAAAAGUCUGCUUGAGAAUAAUCAAAUUAUAAUUGAAAAAGUCAAUAAACUAAUUAAUACGCUUGCAUAUGAAAUAGAUGAAGCGAAUUUACAUUAUUAAUAAGAACUAGAAAAUGAAAGCUAGAAAAUAGAAAGUAAUACAAUUGAAUCUAUCUAUAUGAUCAAUGAAAUCCAUAUCCAUAUUAUAAUGACGAUAUACUAUUUAGGAUUUAUCAAAGAGUCCCUUGUAUUGAAAGAUAAAUUUAAAUUUAAUAAUAUCGUUUAAAGUAUUAAGGAUACACACUUAAAGGAAUAUGAAAAAUCUCUUAAAAAAAUCCCAAACUAUCUUAUGAAUUUUCUUAAAAUUAUAUAUGAUUGGAAGGACACCCUAAAGAAUUUCUAAAGAGAUAAUGUUAAGAAUCCUUUUCAGUGUAUUCCUAACAUAUUUGAUUAAUUUAGAAAAGAAUCAGAAAAUAUUUUUGAAAGGGUAAAAGAAUUUAGAAUGAUAUUCGAAGAUCAGAUUCACACCAAGAAAUUGAAAAUUGAUGAAUUUAUAUUAAUAGAAAAAUUUGAGGAAAUAAUAGGAUUUGAAUUUUAAUACUUUUUUACUAUAUUUCUAAAUGGAAUUAUAAGCAAUAUCAAAAAGAUUAUAAAACUUACAGAUGAAACUUAGAAUGAGAAAAAGAUGCAUAAUCAUUAUUAUUAUUCAUUCUAUACCUCUCUUAAAAUUUCUAGAUUUCUACUCCACAUUAUGUAGGUCAGGUUUUAGAAAAAUGAGCCAUAUUAAGUUAUGGAAGUAUUAUCAAGUAGAAGAUAUGGAACAAUAGAAGAUGAAACCUAAAAUUAAACUAAUUUUGUUAAAAUUUUGCUUGAAGAAUAGAAGGAGUAUAUAGAAAACCUUUUAUCUGACGAUUCUAAAGAAUAAAAAGAGAUUUCGAUAGAUAAACUAAUUGAUUUGGUGAACAGUAACAUCAACUAAAUUAAGAAUACGUAAAUCAACGAUAAAAUUAAAAACGAUAUCUUAAAAAAAAUGACAUUAAUAUUAUUUGAACUGAUGAAAUUGCCAGAUUUUCAGGGUGAAAACUCUAAAAAUUAUAUACGUAUAAUAUGCAAAAUUCAAUAUGAAAUUUUGUCAAUAAUCAACCAAUGCAAUUCAGUUGAUAAAGAAUAAAACUAAAGUUAGAGAGGUAGAUAGAGUUAGAGAGAAAGCUAGCCUUGUUAGAAAUCAGAAACUUUACUUACUAACUUUGAUUCAAUUGCUAACAAUUUGAUGAUUCUUAUGAGAAAGACAGAGUUUAUAAUUCAUACAUUUGAAAUAAAGAACAAAAUACAAUCUGAUUAAACUGUCGACAAUUCUGCAGAAUAAACUAGAAAAAAAAUUAUAGAAUAAAUGCAUAAACCUUAGAAAGAUCUAUAUGAAAAUAAAAGGGCUUUAGAGAAAAAUCUAAAGUCACUAUUUUUUGAUUUUCCUAAAAACUAUGAUACGUAAAUUCCUUAUUUAGAUAUUUAUUAAUUUUUCGAAAUCCUGUAAAGCUUUGAUCUAAAUGGUUUUCAUCAUUAAGUACCAUUUGAAUAUUCGACAAAUGAUAAUUAACCUUAUAUCAAUCUAUUAUAAUUUUAUAAAGAUUUGAAGUAGGCUAAUCCUGACCCUUAAAUUUAAUAACGAGAAGAAUAGAAAAUCAAGUAAUGCCUCUGCUAUAAUUUAAUUAAGAUUAAUAAUAUAAUAUUGGAAGAAAAUUUACAAAGAUUUUCCAAAAGUUUAAUUACCAGAAUUUGGAUUAAAGAAAAUGAUUAUAAAGUUAAGUAACUGUUACAAAAUGAGGAGAUGAUUGAAAUAUAAACUUAAUUAUAUCUUCGCAAUUUUGAGGAAUCGUAACAGGAAAUCGAACGAUAGUUUAAAGAGAGGCUUUCAGAUUUUGAUGAGUGUCAUACUCAAAUAUUAUAAUAAGUUGAUGGAGAUAAAAUUGAAUAAUUGAAAAUCAAACUUUAAGAAAUAGAAAAAGAUUUAAGUUAAUAUAUUCUAAAUAUCAACGAUAUGUAGGAUAAAUUAAAAAUUAAGAUAAUCAUAUUGCUAGAAUUAAAAAAGUAAUUUAAUAAUAUAAAAUAACAACUUUAAGAGUUGUAAUUCAAAUUAAAUAAUGUAGACCAAAGAAUAGCAAGAUUAAUUUGGAAAACACCUAAAGAAUUAUUUGAUAUUAGAAAAAAAAAUUUUGAAUUUGAGAUGAAUAAAAAUGGGAUUGAAGAACUACACACUGAGCAAUAAUUUAAUUACUUCGAUAAAGAAGAAGGAAAGAAAUAAUAUGAUGUAUCUAAACUAAUUAAUAUGUUUAUUGAAGAUACGUACCAAUACGUGAUGUUAAUACAUGGAAGAUCAGGAAUUGGAAAAACUACUGCUAUGAACAAAAUUGAAUAAUAUAUUUGGAAGAAUUAUAGCUUGAAUGAUGAAUUAAUAAUAAUUCCAAUUAGUGCUUAAUUAUCUAAUUUAUAAACUCCAACAACAAAUUUAUUUAAAGAAAUUUUGAUGUAAAAUAAAUAUGGAUUUAAUGAGAAUUAAAUUGAAGAGUUUAAAUAAUCUCUAACUUAAACCAAGUAAUUAGCUCUUCUUUUAUUAGAUUCGUAUGAUGAGAUGCCAAAUGAAUUUAAAUACUAAAAUUUAUAUGUUUCGAACAGAUUCUCUGAAUUAAAGAAUAAAGCAAAUAACAGAAAUGCUAUUAAAUUCAUAAUAUCUUGUAGAACAGAGUUUAUAAAGUCGUAAUCAUCUAAUGAAAAAAAAUAAGAUUAUAUUGAAUCAUAAUUACAGACAUGGUUCGGAUUGAACAGGAUGCUUAGAGAGGUUGAGUUAUUGGAAUUUGAUGACUAAUAAAUCGACAAUUUUUUAUAAUAAUACACUUAAUUAAGUGUUAUAAAAGAGAUUUAAAAUUCUGAAAAAAUUUUUAAGUAAUUAGAAUAUAAAUAAUUUACUUUUUUUGAAUGUUCAAAUGAUUGGAGGAUGGUACUUGAAAUUAUAAAGAAGUGUAAAAACCAGGAUUAGCAAUAACCAUUGGAUUAGCAAUAACUAUUGGAUUCGUAAUAACCAUUGGAUUAGCAAUAACUAUUGAAUUGCAAUCAAUUGGAUUAAAUAAUUAAUUAUUUAAUAGGAAAAAACUAAUGUUUGCUGUCGAAUCAAAAUUACAUUAAUUAAAUGAACAUACUUCGAGAUAACUUAUCAAGGUUAUGGAAUGCAAAAAAAUAUAAAUCAUUUUCUAACAACUUAAAAUUAGGAGAAUUAAUGAGGAUUCCAUAUUUAAUUAAAAUGAUUUUGAAGAUAGUCCCAACAUUAACCAAAAAUUACAAUUUGACUGAAAAACAUAAGCACUUUGAAUAAAACUACUUUGAAGUUAUAUAAACAAGUAUUCUAUCAAAUAAAAUCUCUUCUAUAAUUAAAUCACCUAAUUAUAAAUAAUAAAGUUGGAAAUAAAUUUUAAAAAGUUGUAAUUUCGAAAUUGAAAAAGUUGUCAAAAAAUAGAUAUUAUCAUUCUAGUCGAAAGGAUUAUUUAGAACAAUUUUUAAUAGUAAUUUAAAUGUAUCGGAUUUAAAGAAUAAAUUAAGUGAAUAUAUUAGUGAUUCAUAAAGCUUAUAACUAGUAAUCAAUGCGAUUAAAUAAGAAUAGAUCACUGUUUAUGAUUUUAUUGAUAGAUUAACUUCAAUAUAUUUGGAAAAAUAAAUAUUAAGAUUAAAAUCAAAAGGAAAAAUCAAAGAUGAAGAGAAUUUUAAAUAAGAUGUAUUAUUAUUUGCUAAUUAUUUCUCUCUAGAAAUGAUCUAAAACUAAGAGUUAUCUAUUCAAUAUCAACCAUAAGGGUAGCUUUAGAUAUUUGGAAAAUUUCUUCCAAAUACUGUGGAAACUUGGUAUGAUAAGUAUUUUCAUGAUUAAAAUAUUAGUCAUGAUUAUUAUGCUUUGAUUAGAAGUUCAAUGUUAAUAACUUAAAGAGGAAGUAAUUUAUCUUUUUCUCAUGAAAAAAUUACAUAAUUCUAUGUUGCCAAAGCAUUUUAUAGUUUAAUAAAUAGUUCCUUAUACUAAGAAAAAAAUCUUAUGAAUUCGUUUCAUGGAGAAUAAUAUGAAAAUAAUUCAUCUUAAAACAAUUUUAUUGAUAUAAUAAGAAAGUCUUGGAUAAAUAAUAUACAAUUUAAUUUAUCAAAACCCUAAUAUAAAGAGGCAUUUGAAAUUCUAAAAGAAAAAGUAAAAAUGGACAAGGCUUUUUAAGAAAGGCUUAUUUGGCUUAUUUAGAAAUCAGCUAAGAGGCUUUUGAUUCCUGCUGCAUCAAACAUCAUAAGCUUUUUAGGCUUUGUAACAAAGAACUUAAGUAAUAUACCUUUAGAUACUAUGGAAUUGAAAAACACUAGUUUGAUUGGUAUUGAUUUUUCUAAUUCUGACUUGAGCGAUUCAAUAUUCUAACACGUCAAUAUCAGUGAUUGUAAUUUUACGAAUACAAAAUUAAACGGAGCCAAUUGGAAAAAUACAAUAAAUUACAAUAUAAAGAAAGAUAUCAAAAAUUGUUCUUAUUUAUUUUAAUUCAGGUAGUAACAAUUGGCUGUGAUAUAUAAAUCUUAAAAUUGUUUUUUCUAAUUAGAAUUAGAGAAGGGCAAAGAGAAGUAAUAAGUUUUUUCAUGUAUAAAAAGUUUGAAAUGUUUUGACAUUUCUUAAAACGGGGAAUAUUUGGCUUAUGUAGAAAUGCAUAGCUAAGUAAUUUAUAUAAGGAAUCUUCGCUAUACAUUUGAUUACCAACCUUUAUUAGAGGUUAACAAUUUUGUAGAAAAAUUGUAUUUUUCAAAAGAACAAGAAUAAUUGGCUUCAGCAAGCAAUGAUAAAAUAAUUAUUUGGAAAUGGUAAAGGCAGGAGAAAAAAUAAGUUAUAGAUGUAAAAGGUUCUAAAUUACGUAGCCUUUUAUUUUCUUACGGUGAUACAUUUCUUGCUCUUAAUUUUGAAAAACAAUUAAUACAACUAAGAUAUGUAAAACAAUGGGAUCGUCCAAAAUUUAUUAAAUAACUUUCAGAUGAAGUGAUUGUAUUUGCAGUGUCCUUUGACGAGAUAAUUGCUUCAGUUUCAUCUAAAGAUUAAAACUCCAAAAUUAUUUAAUUAUAUAAUAUAUAAUUAAGCAAAGAAGAAAUUCAACUUAAAGGACAUCAAGAUAAAAUCAAUUGCUUGGUCUUUCUUGAAAAUAAACGAACUUUAAUCUCUGGGGGUGAUGAUUGCUUUAUCAUAUUGUGGAAUUAUCAAACUGGUAAAUAAUAAAGUAGAGUUUAAAUAUAUCCAUAACAGAUUCAAUUCUUGAAUAUAGGAAAGAAUAAUAGAAUUUUGGGAUACUAUAAUUAAUACGAAUAAAUAAAAUUUUUGGAUUUAGAAGCAUUUCAAUCGAUACAUCAAGUAAAACAUCCAAAAAAAAUAAAUUAGAUUCAUUUUUCUAAUGAUGGUUUAACAUUGUUAACUUUUAGUUUAAGCAAAGUAAUAAAAUUUUGGGAUAUGAAGGAUGGAAAAAGAUUAAAAAUAAAAGAUCUUCAUGAUUCUAAAGCGAUAUCAAUAAUUCUUAGUGUAACAGAUUAAUUUUUAGCAUCUGCAAAUGAGGAAGGUAAGUUAUUAAUUUAUAAUUUUAAAAAUGAUAAAGUUGAUUUUUCAAAGGAUACAAAUUCAAUAAUUAAAAAGAUUAAGUUUUCCUAGGAUGAAGAAUAUCUGGUAUUUUUAAGUGAGAAUAAAGAAUCACAAUUAACAAUUAUAAAUUGGAAGACUAAUGAAGCAUUCAAACCACCUCUAUUACCUUAAAACAUUAAUAUUGUAGAUUUUUGCUUUUCAGCCGAUUCAACGAUUUUGAUAUUUGCUCAAAAUACUAUUUAUUGCUGGAAUUAUUUGGACUAGUCUGGAGAUACAAAAAGUUUAUAAAAAUUAAAGUAGGAAGUUAUUUAUUUUGAAUUUUCAUAAGGAGGCCAUUAUUUUGCUACUUAUGAUACGAACAAUGAAUUAAAGUGUUAUAAAAUAAAUGUUAGAAAACCUAUAAAAGAAAUUACAUUUAAAGAUGUAAAAUGUAUAGUUUUUUCUCGAAAUGAAGAAAUGGUACAAUUAGCAAUUGGAGGAAAAGGAUAUAUAACUAUUAUUGAUAUGUUGAAAGAAAAUAUUGUAUUUUAGGUGUCUAUUGAUCAACAAUAAGAUAUUGAAAUCAUAUAGUUUUCGCCAAUUGGUUUUCUACUAGCAUCUGUAUUUAGAGAUAAUACUAUAAAAAUAUUUGAUAUUUCAGAAUAAAUAUUGAUAUUUAGUUUAACUCCUUAAACUAAUUUAUUAUUUUCAAAUAAUAUUGAAAAAUAUUCUGAAGCAAUUAUUUAGAAUUUUCUUUUAGAAGAUAUAAUGUGA